AUGAACGAGCCUUCAGUAUUUUCAGGACCAGAAAUAACAAUGCCUAAAAGCAAUUUGCAUGGAAGUAUAGAGCACAGGGACCUUCAUAAUAUUUAUGGCAUGUAUAUGCACAAAUCUACUUAUAAAGGACUCAUGAAAAGAAGUGGGGAUAUGGAGAGACCAUUUAUAUUGACAAGAGCCUUUUUUGCAGGGACACAAAGAUAUGGAGCUAUUUGGACAGGUGAUAAUGCAGCUAAAUGGGAAUUUUUAGAAUAUUCGGUACCUAUGUGUUUAAGUGUCACUGUAGGCGGGAUCAGUUUUUGUGGCUCAGAUGUUGCAGGAUUUUUUGGAGAUCCGUCAGUAGAACUGUUAGUCAGAUGGUAUCAGACUGGGGCUUAUACUCCUUUCUUUAGAGCUCAUGCCCAUAUAGAAACCAAAAGAAGAGAGCCUUGGCUUUAUGGUGAGCCUUAUUUGUCCAGGAUUAGGGACUCCAUAAGAGAAAGAUACGCGUUAUUGCCUUACUGGUACUCUUUAUUCUUCCAAUAUAGAAAUAAUGGAGUUCCUGUUAUGAGGCCAAUGUUUUCUGUUUAUCCACAAGAUAAUCAAGCAGCUGCAUUAGAUAGACAAUACCAUCUGGGCCCUGCAUUAUUAGUAGCACCUAUUAUAAAAUCAAACCAAGAUAAGGUCGAUGUGUAUAUUCCUGAAGGAAAAUGGUAUGAUUAUCAUACUUUUGCGACUGUGGAGAUUGGAGAGUUGAAAUAUCAGACAGUCGAAAACUGGAUUCCUGUGUUUAUUAAAGGAGGAAAUAUUGUGCCAAGACAAGAUAGGCCACGUAGAAGCAGUCAAAUGAUGAUAAAUGAUCCUUACACCUUAGUAAUUGCGCUCGAUGAGAAAGAGGCAGCUGAAGGAAUUUUGUAUGCUGAUGAUACUCAUACGAAUUUGUACCUGAAAGGGCAAUUUUUGUUAGGGAGAAUCGAGUUUAGAGAGAAAACUUUGGUUUAUCAGGUCCAGAGUAAGAUGAGUAUGCAUAACUCGAUUGAAAAGAUAAUUAUUCUAGGGCUGAAAGAUAAGCCUAAGAGUGCUAUAGCAGAAACUGAGAAAGGAUCGAGCAGAGUAGGAUUUUAUGAUAUGGGAAGUCAUAUUAUUUUAAAGCUUCCUCCAGUUUUUAUUGAUGAGAAUUGGACUAUUAAGCUUAAUUACUAG